AUGAUUUGGGUGAUUUUAUAUGAUAUUCCAAACACAUCAGAGCAGUUUGAGGUUUCCCUUUCUCCCAUCUCAGACGUCAUCGAUUCCACAUACCCAACAGCCACAAAAUCCUCUUCAAAUAUCACAUGGAAAGGAGAAUACACAACGGAAGAUAAUGGGCAUUGUAAAUUGACUGUAGAACACAGACAAUACAUGUUUUUGUUUUACACGACACUCCCCCUUGGUCCGUUUACUUACUCUGCUCAAAUAGUAAUUUUAAAUGGGAAGACGUACCUUGAGGAAUUCGAAAAAUUAGUUUCGAAAUUUGGGCUUAACACCACUGAGAGUAACGACAUGGUGACGAAUUGGACAAUUGAAAUGUCGCAAUCGAAGUACACGGCUCUUACACUGUUUGAUAACUCCGUUGACACUUUUAUUCCUUUAAGCGUGAAAGGAUUUACACAGAAACAUCGAGUCUUGAUCGGAAUAGAAUCUAUAAAUCAAGAACAACUUGACUCUCUUCGGUCACAAAACAAAAUCAGUCAAAUUGAUGAUAUCCAACAAAGAGUUCGGCCAACUGGGAAGUAUGUUGUUGAGUGGGGAGGUGUCGAAACACACUUUUAUUAA